AUGGCUGAAUCCAUUGUGGAGGCUGGUGAAGUGUCCGGGCGAAUAAAGGAAAUUCUGUGCCAACCGUGUUUGAACAAGGAUAACCAAACGACAAAAGUUGCUGAAAAGUUUUGUUCAAGUUGUAAUGAAUUUCAGUGUUUGGAUUGUUCCAACGUUCACUACACACACGCCUUCUUAAGAAAUCAUAAAUUAGUGAACGCGAAUGAGGCGAAAACGAAACAAGGCUCGUUUGAUAUGAAAGGGUUAGACCAAUGUGAUAAACACCGGAAAGUUCUAAAAUUCUUUUGCGAAGAUGAUAAUCAGCUCUGCUGCAGUACCUGUGCUAUUGUUGAACAUCGAAAAUGUCACAGCGUUGUUGAAAUUCUAAAGGUCGCUGAAAGAUCAACCUAUGGAAGUUCAACUUUAAAUGCUAAAUUGGAGGAAGUGAGACAGAAGGCAAACAAUAUCGUAGACAGCAUUGUCUCAUCAAAAGAGAAACUAGACGAAGAUGCUAAAGAAAUACCAGUAAAUAUCAGACGAAUGCGGGACGAAGUAAUGAAAAUGUUUGACGAGUUGGAAAUUUCCGUUGUAAAAGACGUUGAAUUGUUUCAGAAAGAGACAUUAGAAAAGCUGACAAUUAGACAGUCACAGAACGAGAAAUAUCUGACUGAUAUAACAACGUGUCUGGAAACGAUUGACAACGUGUAUCAGAAUGGAUCUCUGGUACAACAGUUUAUAGUAGAGCAGAAAAUGAAGAAUGACGUCAAUGUUCUUCACACAAAUGUAAAUACAGAAUGUCAAAGUUUAGAGACCGUAACUGUCACCUUUGAAUUUGAUGAAACAUUAAAACUUCCUCCCUUGUCAGUCACUGAUUAUGUUCCAGGACAACUGACUCUGUCAUUCUGUCUAUCAGAGGUAGCAAAUACUAUAGUUCCUGUUAACAAAACAAUGAUAUUAACACCAGUAAACUCCAUUGAUAUAAAGCAGGAAAAGGAUGAUGUAAGAGAGCCAUUUUAUACAGGGAUUGAUUUCUUACCUGAUGGUAGACUUGUUGCUGUUGAUAAUAAAAUCAUGAAAUUCUUAGUUUACAAUGAGAAGCUUGAGAAAGUUGCAUCAUAUCAGUUACUUCAUAAGCCACAAUCUGUUGUCGUUGUGUCUGAGGAGGAAGUAGCGAUAACAAGUGGACUUAAGUUAAACAUUUUACGUGUUAACAAAUCUAAUGACUUAACUUCAGAUAUAACGAUCAAAGUAACAACAAAAUAUAGCUCGAUAUUUAUAAAAGAUGAUAAACAUUUCGUCGGCGGGACAAUUAAUCAUUCAACACCUGUUCGUAUUAUAUCAUCUACAGGAGAAGAGAAAGAUUUCAAUAUCAACUUCCCGAACAAGUCAUAUCCUGUAAGGACAAGUGCUUGUACUUACAUAAGGAACAGUGAUAAAGUGGUGCUUACAGAUAGACCCGAGCAUACUAUCUGUAUAUAUGACGUCAAGACAAACACGAGAGUCGUGGUGAAGGAUGAUCAGAUAAAGGAUCCAUGUGGUGUAUCAAUUGGUCCCUAUGAUACUAUCCUAGUUUGUAGUAAUGGAACAAACUCCAUUGUACAGAUAUCACAAACAGGACAGAUCUUAUCAUCGUACAAGAUAGAUAUGGAAUAUCCGUACAGAGCAUGUGUCUCACGUGAUAAAUCAUUUCUUGCAAUAACAAACUCAUGUACUGACUACCAAGCCAUGUUGAAAAAUCCAAGAAGGGUUUUCAACGCUGACGAGUCUGGGUUUCCUUUAGCCGUCAAGUCAGGUCGUGUGAUUGCCCCUUUGGGAGCACGUCACGUGUACCAAGUUGUAACAAAUACAAAAACCCAGAUUACAGUGAUGGUCUCAUUCAAUGCAUUUGGGAAAGAUGUUCCUCCAAUGAUUUUAUUCCCAGGGGAAAGACUUAGGAAUGUUGGACUGUCUGGUUUUCCUGAAGCAACUUAUGCCAAACCCCUAAUGGUUGGAUGGACUCAGAAACAUUUGUCGAAUUUCUAA